UCAAGCGCAGCUGUGGCACCCAAGCCCUUUGGGCCCAUUUGCAGUCUCAGUAUGUUGCCAAAUGCAAAUUGCCUGUUCGUCGCUGUUCUUGUGGUGGCUGCAACUGCUACCCGGAUCGCGGUUGAAUCGAAGUUGGAGCAAUCGAAGUUGGAGCACCCGCAACUUGAUCUACCUUCGUCAGCCCAGGUCGCCGGCCGCGUCACCACAGAUGGCCUUGUGAAAUGGAGUAGCACCGGAGCUGUGUCCUACAAGAAGGCCAAGUUUUUGUACGUGACGGCGGUCUCAGAUCACAACAUCCACUUCCAAGAGAAGCCCAAGAGUGGGGCCCUUCACCGCCACACCACCUUUGUUGGCUGGAACAAUCUUCUCACCGGGACGGUGACAAGAUAUCUGUUUGUGACGGACUACGAUGAGGAAAGGGAGAUCCUUUCUUGGUGCAAGACCUCCACAGAGCCGCGUGACAAGGGCUACAUCGACCCUUUUGUGGAGGUUGAGGAGAAAUUCAGAUUGGAAUCUGCGUUGGGACCAGUUUGGUCAUGGAAACUGCCCAAAAAGCUCACCUCAUACGGGACCCAGCUGCUGGCCGAUAUGUAUACAGAGGUGGAUGGUAAAGACACCAUCAAUGCAACUGUGGUCUCGACUCGUGACCGUCGGAACAGUACCUACACCGCGGAGUACAGUCUUCAUGCCCAGUCAGCACUGUCAGACCAUGACAGUUUGAUCUACAAAUAUUUGGAUCAUAGCUGUGAGACAGUGUCCGAUUUUCGGAAUGUGCCAGAAAUUUGUGUUGAUGAAUUGUUGGCAGUGGAAUACGAAUGUGGAUAUGCCGAAUUGCAAUUGCAAUGAUUCCGGUACUGCAAGUUGUAAAGACAAGAGUCUGCGGAAUAGGAAAAUUAUUGGGACGC